CCAAAAAAAAAAAAAAAUAUUUGACGAUCUGAAAAAGUGGUUGUGAAAGUACCCAGUUGGAAGAUGGGACGGCUGGUAUAAUAAUAACCUACCUACCUUUUUGGAUGAUACUGUAUGUAGGAUAUUUUUCUUUUUGGAAGAUGUUUAAACUGUAUUCAUUGGAUUUGAAUAAAAUGUGAAUGUUUCGACAUACGGGAACACUUAGGAACUUUGGCGCACGGAUUUUUUUGUGUGGAAACAAUCUAACUACGGUAUUCCAGUGAAGGAUUAUGGGUAGUUUUAAGGGCCAUGCGUUGCCGGGUAGUUUCUUCCUGAUCGCGGGCCUGUGGUGGGCGGGAAAGUACUCUCUAUGGUACGCCACCCGCAGGAACAAGAGUCUGGGCUCCACCUCCACCCGCCUGGCCAGCCGAUCCACACAGCGCCGCCUGGAAGUCAUCGAGGGAUCCGUCACCCUUUUCUUCUCUGUGGUUGGGAUGCUGGCGGAGCAGUUUGUAGCAGACGGGCCGCGGCUUCACCUGUAUGACUACAGUGAGCAUCACUGGGACAGACUCCAUAACUGGCAGCACUCCACCAUGUAUCUCUUCUUUGGCCUGGCUGGAGCCAUGUCUCUCAUUGUACACACCACCACCGACGCCGCUCCGCUGGCCCUCGACAGACUAAUGCUGGCCAUCGCCUUCUUCAUAGAAGGGUUCUUGUUCCUUUACCACCUCCACGGCAGAGCUAUGCUAGAUGUCCAUGUUCACCAGCUGCUGCUGUUCUGUGUGUUUGGAGAGGCCAUGGUGUCCUUUCUGGAGGUGUUCCACAGAGGAAACUUUCUGCUGGAGCUGCUGAGAGCAUCACUCACCAUCCUGCAGGGGAGCUGGUUCUGGCAGAUUGGUUUUGUCCUGUACUCCCCCAGCGGUGCAGAGUGGGACCAGAAGGACCAUAACAACAUGAUGUUUAUCACGAUGUGUUACUGCUGGCAUCUGGUCUUCAGCCUGCUGAUGGUGGCGGCGCUGUACUGCACCAUCAGUUGUGUGGUACGAUCCAGAUUGAAGAGAACCCCUCCAAUGGAGAUGGGACUGCUGAAACCCAGAGAGAGAGAGCAGGAGUCAGAGGACGAGAUCCUAUAACGACAACAACAACUUCCCGUUUGUUUAGCAGUCCACCCAACCCUUGCUUCACCCAUUAACGUCCCAUGCUGACCCUAGACCAGGGUUUGACUUCAGGAAGCCUAUCAACCCAGUUCUGCAAGGGCCCAGUCUCUCUCCCUCUCCACACACUCCAGAGGAAGAGAUGCUGACAUUGUUUUAAUAUGUUAGAUGUCACACAGCAGGUAGCUAUAGGACAGUGUCUCUCCCUACUUUAUGAGACGUCAUCUCUCUACCUCUGCCCAAUAUUAGCAUGAAAUCAUUAUUAGCAUAUUUUUCCAUGCCAGCCUUUUAUCACGUAGCUAGCUUUGUUUAUGUCCCUAUUUAUUAUACCUUGCUAAUGGAUCAACUCUGGACGUCUUAACAUUCAGAUAUUGUAUUUGUUUAAUGGAACACACUACUAUAAGAAGAUGAGUGUUUGAGUGUAAUAUGGCCUGUUAUCUGAAGAGUUAAAUGAUAUGUCCAACCCAUGUGGCCAGGCCCAGCCAUACAAGGAGCUUUUGCUAAACAAUCUGUGAUUCUCUGUGUAGCGGCGCCGUCCUGUGGCCAGGUUGUGCAACAACAUGCAUUGUACUGAAUAAUCAUGAAUACAUUAUAGAUUAGUUUAUGAAACAUACUUGAAACAAAAGUUCAGGUUAAGGAAUGUUUUGACAAUAUUUUUGCCUUGAUUCAGGUGUAAUAGAAACUUCAUGGUGAUGAUCGUAGCAUCAGGCUGUCAGGAGCUGUUGAUAGGAAUGCAUCAGACAGCACAAGCCAACAUCCCAUCAGAUGAUCCCACAUAGUGUUUCCUCUGAUCAUUCUGUACCUUCACCUUCGUUCUAGGCUCUAGUGUGAACACAAUAAACCAAAUUGUCACUGAGAAAAUAGGAAAGGGAAAUCUGUAGCAAAUGUGGAAUCAGUGAUUUCUGAAUUUAUCAUUGUCUGUCAUCUGUUGAAGACUGCUCUGUGUGAUUUAAUUAGGAUUUUUAGUAGUAUCAAAUUCAAUGUAUUUAUGAAAUAUACUGUAUAUUACUUAGAGAGAUUUUGAUUUGCAGUUGAAUCAAGUAAUGUUUUGUGAAACACAGAAUGUUGCAUAUGCAUGUCUUUAAAUUCAUAUUUACAUUAAAGAAGCAUUUUUAAAACAC